AUGCUUCAGUCUGUCAUAACCUUGUCCCUCUUGGUGUCUGCCGUGAUAGCUUCACCAACAAGGAUCCCUAAACGCGAUGGCCACAAUGCCGACUUGACCUGGAUCUCCAAAGAUUCUAGUCUACCCAAAAUCAUGCUUUAUAACACUGGCGAUGGCACAAUACUCUCUGGUUCGGCCAACGGUAGACUAGACACCAACAACUACGGCGGUCCCAUCGGCCGUCUCACUCCAGAGACCCUCAUUGAGAGCGUCGGCGAAGUUCUGGAUAUCGCUCAGAUCGCUGUCGUCAAUUUCACAGGAGGAAGAAAUGGUGCCGGCAGUGCGAAUGCUGAUUCAGAUCGCUUCUUGAAUAUCUCCAUGGACGCUCACAAGCGUCUUUGUAAUCCUGAUUCCGACAUUGUUGGGGCUGUCAUGAUCCACGGCACUAACACAUUGGCUGAUACAGUAUUUGGCGUUGACCUUACUCUCAACUGCUCCAAACCUUUCGUCGCCACUGGAUCGAUGCGUCCCAACUCUGCACUAUCGGCUGAUGGCCCGUCCAACUUUUACGACGCUGUUAGAACUGCCAUACACCCUGAAGCUCGAGACCGUGGAGCUCUCAUUGCCAUGAACGAUCACCUUGUCUCGGCGUUUUACUCUACAAAGACUAACGGUAACACUGUAUCAACUUUCCUCGCACCUGACCAGGGAUACAUCGCACAGUUCAUGUCUGGACAACCGUACUUUUUUUACUCUCCUUCUUUACCCAAGGCCAGAAACUACUUUGACCCAUUUAAGUUGAGCUCGCCUUUACCAAAGGUUGAUGUUCUUUAUGGUCAUCAGGGCUUUGACGCCGACCUCCUCUACUCUGCUGCUAAGAACGGUGCAAAGGGUAUUGUUAUUAUGGGUGUUGGUCCUGGCGCCCUCAGCACUGCGGCUUCAAAAGCAGCCGAGGAUCUUUACACUCAAGGCGUUAUCACAGUCGCUUCAUUCCGUCCCUAUUUCGGACUCUCAGUUCCUAGCCCCGAGACGGAAAUGAUUAUCAGCUCUGGAGUUCUGCGCGGAGAAAAUGCUCGCAUUCAGCUACAGCUUGCUCUCGGUGCAGGCUACGACUUUGAGGGCAUCCAGAAGCUUUUUGAGGGCGAAGUUAGAAAGGCUGUGUAUAACGAUGCCACCACUUUCUUCAACGGAACAGUGCUGUGA